UCAUAAAUUUGACGCAACUCUCUUUCUAGCCGCUAGACGGCAGUAGAGUCAAUUCUGCCGCCCUGCAUCUAAAACAGUGAAGGAGGAUCUGAAUGAAUCGCUUCCUGUUUGUUAUACAAAAACAACACGUUGAAGGCGAAAGGUGGUCUCCUGUGCCUGAUGCUGUCCAGUGCUCUCCGCUGCCUGCGUCCCUCAUCCUGCACCCUUGCCUUAUCCAGACAGCUGGCUCAUCACCGGCCCCACAUGGAUCCCAGUAGUCCCCGUCCUGUAGAGACCACCAUACGGACCAAACUGACCCAGGCCCUCGCACCUGAGCACCUGGAGGUCAUAAAUGAGAGUCACAUGCACGCUGUGCCCCCUGGUUCAGAGUCCCACUUCAGAGUUCUGGUGGUGAGUCCUCAGUUUGAGGGUCUUUCCCUCUUACAGCGUCAUCGGCUUGUAAACGAGACCCUGCGGGAGGAGCUCAGCACCUGCGUUCAUGCCCUCGCCAUCCAGGCUAAGACGCCCCAGCAGUGGAGCAGCAACCCUAGCCUGGCCAAAAGCCCCCCGUGCAUGGGAGGAUCCAAACAUGAUGACACAAUGACUGAGAAACUGAAGGCGGGUCGAGACUGACUGUGUUUCAGUUCAGAAACAAGAACUGUUUAGGGGUAUUAUAAUACUUGGAUAUGAAGUGAGUUAAUUAGUUGCGCAUGCAUAUCUUUCAUGUGGAGCUGACCGACACUAAUGCUCAAUAUUUAAAUGACUUCAAUACAAAUAUUAAUAAAUGAAAGUUGUUUUUAUUGGC